AUGCUUUUGGGUAAUACUCCAAAACCUAUUAUUAGCUUGACCGCUUGGCAGGAUGCUUUUCGAGCCGCCAUAUUGCCUGCUCCACUGCCAUUUCGUUUGACUGACCACUGCUCCGUCAGACAACGGCUGCAUUUGCUUGAAUGGCAGCAAUCUGCAGGCCUCACAAGGUCGGUGCAGGCCGUUGAGAAUGCUCUCCUCGUCUAUCCUGAGACCAAUGACUUGAGUAAUUCAGCUCUGAACACAGACAUUGCAACCCUAUCUUCUGCAGAAAUGCUACCCAAGUGCCAUCCCGUCCUCUUCAUUGAUCCUGAUUCCCAGUGCUUGGGAUGGUUGAAUUAUGUAGAGGGGCGUCGUGGCCUAGUUACGAUGCACCUUGCGAAUGACGACAAUGAAAACUCCUUUCAGCCAAUAAUCAAAUCCGUGAAGAAGAAUUCUGCCGAUUUUGUCAGCGAUCGUGUAUCCAUUCACUCAUGCCUCUCUGGGAAAACAGAUAUUUGUAGUAAUGCUACAGUGGAGCAGAAAGAACAGCUCAAUAAAAACAUAGAAAAACAGAUUACAUCCAUAAGAACCACCCUAGUGACAAAAGAAAGCAGUCACCAGUCGGACUGGCAAAGCAUGCUGAAAAGCUGCAUAGAAGUAAGAAUUCGUGGAUUUGCAUCAACUUUUGCAUAG